AUGUACAUGGAGUGUUUGAGAAACCACGCAGCCAGCCUGGGCAGCUACGCCACCGACGGCUGCGGGGAGUUCACUGUCCUGGGCGACACUGCUACCUCGCCAGCUGCCGCCCUACAGUGCGCAGCCUGCGGCUGCCACCGCAACUUCCACCGGAAAGUAGUAUGCGUCCCCACCUGCGAAGGUGGCUUUAACGGCAGAGGAGGCGUCAGCUGCAUGGUGGACUACAGCGGCGGCGCUGGCGUCGGCGGUGGAGGUUCCCGGCCGCCCAGCUCAAUGGAUAUGGCGGAAGCAGAACGUAGUGGCAAGAAGAGGUUCAGGACAAAGAUCACGGCAGAUCAGAAGGAGAAGAUGCUGGCGUUUGCGGAGAAGAUAGGGUGGAAGCUGCAGAGGAAAGAUCAAGAAGAUGAGAUCCAACGCUUCUGCAGUGGGAUCGGGGUUAGUAGACAGGUUUUCAAGGUGUGGAUGCACAACCAUAAGAACUCCUCGUCGUCUUCUUCCUCAGUUUCCACCGGCAAUGCUUCUUCGCUCACUCAAUAA